UUUGCUGUGUCAAAGUGAGUGUGUGUGUGAGUGUGUGCGUGUGUGUAGGACUCUAGUCUCUCGUCUCUUCGUGGAUUGCACGCGCGCCCGUGUACCCUCCACGCUCGCGGCGCGUUGACCCCGCACAGCGGCUCCUCUGUCCGGCUCGCGUUAGCUCUGUUCUGACGCCGGCAGCUAACCGCUACAAGUCACCUAGCUAGCCCCGAUAGGGACGAGCUAAUGUUACCUGCAGCCGUCCUGCACACCACGCACCGGCUCCUGGCUGUGGACACGUCAGUGUGCGUGCGUGUGAGUGCGUGUGAAGUGUCCCGGAUGAGAGGAGGCGCAGGCUGGCUGUCCUCAUGUGUGAUUUGACCAACCCAGAGCAGGUCGUGUCUCCUCUAAAGUCUCUAUUCUAACGCGUUAUUGGCUCAAUGAGUUGCGUUAAUUGGCCUGUCUGUCCUCAUCACGUGGUCUGCCACUGGUCAGCAGGUUGGCCUAGGUCUAUGAACCAGCUGUCUUCUUCUGUUUGCUUGUUUUCUUCUCCCCCUCCCCUCCUUCUUGCAUCCAUCUCCUCCCAUGAAGUGGCACUAUGCCCACUGCUACUGUGGACCACAAGAUAUGUGAGGUUUGGGCCAACAACCUGGAGGAGGAGCUGAAGAGGAUCCGACGCGUCAUCCGAAAGUACAACUACAUCGCCAUGGACACGGAGUUCCCAGGUGUGGUGGCGCGACCGAUCGGAGAGUUCCGGAGCAACGCCGACUAUCAGUACCAGCUCCUGCGCUGCAACGUGGAUUUGCUCAAGAUGAUCCAGCUGGGCCUGACGUUCAUGAACGAGCGGGGCGAAUACCCUCCGGGAACGUCGACGUGGCAGUUCAAUUUUAAGUUUAACCUCACAGAGGAUAUGUACGCGCAGGACUCCAUCGAGCUGCUCACCACGUCGGGGAUCCAGUUCGAGAAGCACGAGGAUGAAGGCAUCGAGGCGCUGUACUUUGCAGAGCUGCUGAUGACGUCGGGGGUGGUGCUCUGCGACGGGGUCAAGUGGCUGUCUUUUCACAGCGGCUAUGACUUUGGAUACCUGAUCAAGAUUCUGGCCAAUGCCAACCUGCCCGAGGAGGAGGUGGACUUCUUUGAGAUUCUCCGCUUGUACUUUCCGGUCAUUUACGACGUGAAGUACCUCAUGAAGAGUUGUAAAAACUUGAAGGGCGGUCUGCAGGAAGUAGCGGAGCAGCUGGAGCUGGAGAGGAUCGGCCCGCAGCAUCAGGCCGGCUCCGACUCUCUACUCACGGGCAUGGCUUUCUUCAAGAUGAGAGAGAUGUUCUUCGAGGAUCACGUGGACGACGCCAAGUACUGCGGCCACCUCUACGGGCUGGGCUCUGGCUCCGCCUACUCCCAGAACGGGACGACGGGCAACGCGUACGAAGAGGAGGCGAACAAGCAGCUGCUGUCGUGACGUCACUCCCCAACCCGGCCUUUUUUUAGUCCUCCUAAAAUGUUCUGUGGAAAUGUUUUGCACUUUAAAAGCUCUCGCCGGAUUUUAGAUGGAAAGCUGAACACAAAGUUUCCAUUGUCUUUGUCUUUGUCGCCUUCUUUACGUUCGUGUUUACCUUUUUUUUUCUUUCUUCUUCGUGUGGACGUCACACAGGAACCGCUCUCGGCUUCGCUCUCGGCCUUUAAUAUCCGCUGUGUUCUUUCUCUUUUUAACCUCUUAUUUAUUGCACCGGCACAUGAAUAUUUCUUCUUAUUUACCUCAUUCGUUCACAUAAAGAUGACGUGUGUGUGAUGACAUGAAGUCGUGUGACAAGCCUGAAGCUUUAUGUCGACGGGAUACUAAAACUUACUUUUAGUUAACUGUCUUUUUUUGUUUUUUUUACUGAUUUGUUUAUAUGAUUAUGCUAAGAAUGGUCACAUAUAUAAAUAUCUAUAUAUUUACACACGUACAACAUGCACUCGUUGCAUACGCAUUGUUUUCAGUGGAGGAAUCUGGUUUUGUUGUGCAUGUCAACGCCCUCGUUGACACAAGCACAGAUGAAACCCUCGAGUCCACACGGCCGACGUCACCAGACCUUGAAAAGAAAACUCAAUAAAGUGUGAAGGCGCUCUCCUGCAGUGAGACACGCGGAGGAGGUUACCCUGAACUAAAGUACUCUUCACUGAAGAGGUUAAGUAGAAUUUUAGUGGUUUGAUAAAAGCCUUAACUUUUUGAGUUAAUUGGCCUUUUGGGGUUAUUCUUAUCUAUAUUUUGUAUUGCCCGACGAGUUCAUUCAUGCCGCAUGUACUGAAUGUGAAUAAAUGCUGUGUUGUUCAUAGAAUCCUGAACUUCCACAGGUGUGUGAGUAACCUCUAAGCGAAAUAUGCAAUAUACAAGGAUUGUUUUUAGAUUAGUUUGUAAAUAAAGGCUUGAAACUUUUCUACCAUA